AUGGAUCAGCUUCCCACGGAAUUGGUUACUAACCUUUGUCUGUUUCUUGACAAACCAUCUUUACGCUCCUUUCGUCUUACCUGCAAAGCUUUCUCUGUCAUUGGUGGGAAGCAUCUAUUCCAGAAUUUCGAGUUUCGGCUCUAUCCAAACCACCAUAGAUUGUACCAGCUCGAACAAUUAGCCGCCGCCCCUUCGAUAGCCGCCGACUUGAGCUGCGUGUCUCUCGAGUCCGGUGUACAGCUCGAGUAUGCCGAUUAUAGAUAUUGGCAAGCGCAAGUGUACCAAGACAAGAGCAGCUCUUGGGAAAGAAGUUUGGCGACCAAAGGGGCUUCACGCAAUGAAUACAAUGCCUUUCAUGAGACACUUCAGGCCAGAUUCACAACCGAUCUUCCACGUCGAUACGACCUCUACCGGUGGCACAUGGACCAGCAAGCCGGAUCCAUGGCUGAACAACGAGUGCGGGAUAGUCUGGUGCGGAUCAUGGGCACGUUGGGCCAGUCUCGGCCCAAUUUGAAGUUCAAGCUAGUAAUGGCGGAGCCUGAGAUCCAACUGGAAGAGCUUGAGGCCUUCAAUGCUGAGCAAUAUGCAAAUGAGAAGCCAUUCGAUCCUGACCCGCGUCGCAGAAUCGCGAACCGCCGAAGACAUGUUCUGGACCACUUCAUCAACUUUCUCGAUGCCGCAAACACGUCGGGUUGUGAGUGGAGCGACCUCACAGCUACCGACAUGCCUCAUCAAUUGUUUAUCGCCGGAAGUUACCGUGACUCUCAAGUCCUCACGGAGGCUUUUCGGCGAUUGAAAAAGCUUGAUCUGAAGAUCAACGCAUUCCCGCACAGCGACUGGCUUUUUCGAAGCCCUUUGUCGAGAAUGUAUUUCGGAGGACGACAUCUGGCAGCGAGGAAGUUGAGGGAAUUGUUGAAUCAUCCCUCUCAACUUGAAGAAUUGAGCCUACAGUUCCCGCCGGAUACAACGGCGCAGUAUUCAUUCGAACUGUUUGACCAAACGAACAUCGACCGGUUCCCUCGGUUGUGGAUGCCACGUCUCAAGUCGCUCGCAUUGUGUGAAUUUCGAUGCACUUGGGACGACUUGGAGGCGCUGCUUGGUGAAGUUACACGUGUUCUCGGGGACUGGCAUGUGGAUGAGGACUCAGGAGUGUGGCAUUCCCAUAGUGAAGAGGACUUCACCCAUUGCUUUGCCGCGACAUCCUACGAAGGUCCGUAUGCCCGGGCAGGUAUGCGAUCGAAAGUUGAACGGUUCAUACAUGGAAAAGGGGAAUGCCCGUUACCACGCUGGACAUGGGAGAAUAAUACCCAAGAUCAAUGGGAGACGAUGGGGGACACAAGCUGGCACUAUAUUCGGGGGCUGCUUCGACAAUGA